AAAGUCUAAGUGGUUUAUGAACGGCCCCCUAUGAAUCACUGAUUGAUUCCCCCAGGGAUUUCUUCAGUGAUUUUUCUCAGGUUCACUUCCAUGAUUCUUUCUGCAGUUCCUUUAGUGAUUUCCGGCAUUCCUUCCGUCAUUGAUUUGUCCCAAGAUUUCUUUCGGUAUUCUUUCAGAUAUUCCUCCCGGAUUUCAUAAGGAGAUCUCUCCUGGAUGCUUUAACGGAUUCCAUCGAAAUUUCUCGAGUGAUUGAAAAAUCUGGUUGUCUGUUUGAAGUUAUUACGGUAUUUCUUCUGGAUUUCCCCCAAGAUUUUACUAAUGAUUCCAUCCUUAAUGGAUUUCUCCUAGGAUUCCUUCAGGAUUCCUUUAUAGAUCUGUUCCGGGAUUCUUUGAGAACUUCCUUCUGGAUAGGGUCUCAAAGGGGCUCCUUUAAAAAAAAAUUAAGUGUCUUCGAGUAUUCCGAAGAUUCUAUUAGAGAUUCCAUAUGAAACUUCCAACGGGCUUGAUUUAUUCCGCGAUUACUUCUGGAAUUCCUCUCUAGAUACCUUCAUUGAUAUCUUCCGAAUGCCUUUCUAGGUGAACGUUAGAGAUUCUACCUGAGAUUCUUCUAGGGAUUACACCUAUGAUGAUGAUGAUGAUGAUAAUCAUUGAUUCCUCGGGAGAAUUCAUUCAUUACGUCCACUGUGUUUCGGAAUUUCAAGCCAUUCCCACCAUUCCCUAGUGUUGGACUUAGGGUGCCAAUGGAACGUAUGGGAAAAAUUUGACCAUCGAAUUUCAAAAACGGGUAGUGCUCAAAAGUUUCGUCUCCUCAAAAAAAGUCCCUAUGCAAAAUUUCAGCUCAAUCGGACUUCGCUAAGGGGUGGCCCAAAGCGGUCAAAGUUUGGCUGUUUUGAAACACGAAAAAUAUCCCAAGGUAGGGAUACAUGAAAAUUACGAAAUCGAAAAUUUUUUUUUGAUGCCAAAUGCCUUAAAAGUGCAUGAAACGUCGAGAUCUGGUGUUAUCUCAAAAAUUUUUUUUUGGAAAAAAAUUGACUUUUUGGACUUAGAAAAUUUUUGAGUUGGGGGAGUGAAAUUAAUUUGAAGUGGAGGAAUUGAAUUUAGUUGCUGAAAUAUUCAUAGCAAUAGUACUGGAACAUGUCUUAUAUCAUCGAUGGCAACUGCUAGCAUAUUAUAUAUCAUAUAUCGUUAGGGUGGUUCACUUAUUUUGCAUUAGGGUGUCCCUUUUUGUAGAAAAAUUUAAAAAAUAAGAUAAUAGUAUUAAAAAAUCUCUUAUAAAACUGUAAGUCAUUUUCAAUGUUGAAUAUAUAUAAUAUUUCAUUAGGGUGGCUCAUUUAUUUUUAAUUAGGGUGGUUCUUUGAGAUGGAAAUUAAGAACAAAAAAAUAUUUCCCGAAAAUUUACCACUCAUAUUUUUGUAUAGUUUAAUAUCAUGAUCCUUUAUUGGCAUGUAACACUUUGUUAAGAUAUUCCUAGAGCAACAUGUUGAAAGGACGCAACAACCAUUGCAAAUUUCUGCUUCUCCUGUCCCUCCCGGGCGUAUCCCCAAUUGUUCAUGAAAUAUUUUAUUUUCUUUUUUAAAUUUUGAAUCUGUUUAUUUUUUUGGUGCUUCACUUAUUUUGCAUAAGGGUGCUCCUUUUUGUAAAAAUACUUCCAGAAAUUCAACCAGGUAAUAUUUUUCGUAUAGCUUCAAGCCAUGAUUUCCUACAAAUCUUUCGGUGACUUAUCUAUAAUGAGAUAUUCUCUAAUUAUUAUCUCUCCUCUCGUUCUAUUUCAUUAAUCACAAAGUGAUUAAAACCUAUUUCUAUCUACAGAAUUAAAUAUUGUGGUACGGACUACUAAAGAGAUUAAUUUACUAGAGAGGUUCAUCUCAUUGUAACAUUUUGAAAAGUUUUGUGAGACUAAAUUCAAAAAUUCGACUAAACAUUUAUUCAGCUGUUUCUAUGAGGAAAAAGAGUUUGGUUUGAAAAGUAAUGUUUUUUGUUUUUUCAUUAAUGCGGUAUUUGCAGAUAUAAUUUACUUUUGCAAUGGUCAUGACCAAGCAUGUUCGUACUGAGCGGAUGAAAUUUAUGCUCGCAGUUCCGCAAGGAGCGUUAAAAUUCACCCUAGUGAAAUUCUCUCCGUGUGCUCAGUGUGGUACUGCGGUGCGGUUUUUUGACAGUUCGAAAAGACAUUUAAAUUAUUUUAACAUCCAUCUAUCAGUUAAGUUAGGAAUAUUUAAUAAAUACUAUGAUUUCGGUAGUGCAAAUCAAUAGAGCAUAAUUUUCUUACGCUCAGUGCGAACAAGCCUGGUCGUAGUAAAAGGGACGUUACGAACGAGUGGGAACGGUUUUGUGAUAUUUACUAAAUUCAUGCUGAUAGGUUUUUGGUACAUUACAUCGAAUAUAUGUUCUUAAAUUACAUCUGAUUUUUUUGAACUUUUAUUUCCAUUUUCUUUUUUGCUAUUCCUCUGCGUAAUAUCAGUUUCCAACAAGCAUUCCGGAAGAGAGAGAGCACAUAACACAGCGAAACAAAAAUUAAAUUUUGGUCUGUCUCAAACGCAAACUUAGGUUAAACGAAAUAUAUGGCAUAAAUCGUUAGUUUAGAUGUUAUUCGACGAAUUUACACUUGCUUUAAAACAUAAUUUCCAUACUUAAUGGAUUGCAGUAAAAAAAGCCCAAAAUCACAUAUUUUGCCGUAUAAAUUGAGGUAUAGCUCAAAAUCCUGACGUGCUAGAGCAAAUCUGACCCAAAAACUGUCAGAGACACAUAAGUUUGCUUUUGAGACAGACCAAAAUUUAUUUUUUUUUUAAAUAAGUUCGCUUCUAAGAAAAAAAAAAUGUUUCGCUGUGCAAUAAUUCUUUUGUGUGCUGACUGCCUUGUACAAAUGAGUGCAGUUCAAGUGUAGAAAUGUCGUUUGAUUCGAUUAUGGAUUUACCAGACACACUUUUUGAUUACAUGAUAUCAAAAUAUGGCUGAAAAGAUGUUGCGAUUACUAUCCAAAAACUACAGAUGCUUCAAGAACCUUUUAUGUACUGCUUUGGCAAUUUCUUCGUUAACAGCCUUGUAGAUUUUGAGCGAUCCUAUCAAACAUGUUUGUGCCUAUGAACUUCAGACAUUACGUAUGUCGAACAUACCAUUUCGGUUGGUUAUCCGAAAAACAUCAAAAUUCGAGGAGAUGAACCAGCCAUAGGCUGAAAAUCUCGAUAAUAAAGAUAUAUAAAAAAAAUCUACAUUCGAGUUGAUUUUAUCAAAUUGAGGUCAUUGUUUACAGAAAUUGCAGCACACGAAGACAGAAACCAGUUUUUCAAUAUAUUUUUACAAUGAAUACGAUAAAUCGUGCUAACUUUUGUUAAGCUGGCUCAGGUAACGCAAAAGUGUGUCGGUAAAGGAACAUUUUUAGUGAAUAAAUAUUUUUUCCCAUCUAUCUCGUAUUAUGGAAAGCAGUGAUCUUCCUUUCUUUUGUCAUCGUGUGUUUAAUUCCAACGAAUGUUUUUGUAUGUUUUUGUAUCACGUUAGAGUUUAGGUUCACUCACCACUUCGGUAUGCUAUAUGGUAAUCUUGUAGCUAAGGUAUAUUUUGUUUAGAUAGAUAGAAAGCAACCUACUGUUGUUCUUUCUCCAGCAACGUAACUGUAUUUUCGGAAAUGAAGCUGCCCAAGACCAAGAAUCUUUUUAGAAAAGAUAAACAGGAAACUUUUGUUGCACAUCAUCAUCGCCUAUCAAGCUGUCAUAAUUUGGAUACGUUUAAAAUCAGUUUAUUAUUCCUUAUUUUAAACCAUAAUAACAAUCUGGACCAACAUUUGUGUUGUGGAACAACCAUUGCAAACGCUUACUUUUCUCGUCCAUCCUGGGCGUAUCUCAAUAUUUUAUGCAAACUUUUCCCAUUAACAUAUAGAGGAGAGUCAGCUCUAUCUGUUACUGGUAAAAGAAUCCAGGGACAUGAGAAGCAGAAAUUGGCAAUGGUAGUUACGCCCUUUUCACAUGUUGGUCUAGGAAUAUCUUAACAAAGUGUUACAUGCCAAUAAAGGAUCAUGAUUUUAAACUAUACAAAAAUAUGAGUGGUAUAUUUUCGGGAAAUAUUUUUUUGUUCUUAAUUUUCAUCUCAACAGAACCACCCUAAUUAAAAAUAAAUGAGCCACUCUAAUGAAAUAUUACAUAUAUUCAACAUUGAAAAUGACUUUCAGUUUUCUAAGAGAUUUUUUAAUACUAUUAUCUUAUUUUUUAAAUUUUUCUACAAAAAGGGUCACCCUAAUGCAAAAUAAGUGAACCACCCUAACGAUAUAUGAUAUAUACAGUGAAACCUCCAUGAGUCGAUAAUGAAGGGACCAUCGACUCAAGGAAAUAUCGAAUAGUGGAACAAAAAUCCUUUGGGAAGCUUUUUGGGGGACCAUCAUAGUAACCCAGAAAUUAUUUUUCAGUAUGGAAAAAAAUACCUCCAUGAGUCGAUAUCGAGUCAAGGAACAUCGACUCAUGGAGGUUCGACUGUAAUAUGCUAGCAGUUGCCAACGAUGAUAUAAGACAUGUUCCAGUACUAUUGCUAUGAAUAUUUCAGCCACUAAAUUCAAUUCCUCCAUUUCAAAUUAGUUUCACUCCCCCAAAUAAAAAUUUUCUAAGUCCAAAAAGUCAAUUUUUUUCCAAAAAAAAUUUUUUGAGAUAACACCAGAUCUCGACGUUUCAUGCACUUUUAAGGCAUUUGGCAUCAAAAAAAAAUUUCGAUUUCGUAAUUUUCAUGUAUCCCUUGGGAUAUUUUUCGUGUUUCAAAACAGCCAAACUUUGACCGCUUUGGGCCACCCCUUAGCGAAGACCGAUUGAGCUGAAAUUUUGCAUGGGGACUUUUUUGAGGAGACGAAACUAUUGAGCACUACCCGUUUUUGAAAUUCGAAAAUUCGAUUUUCAUUGGCACCCUAUUGGACAUUAUUUGUGAACCGUCCUCUACCAAAAUUUCUCCAUUGAUUUUUCCCAGAUUCCCUUUAAAAAAAUUCUUCUGGGUAUCGUUCUAUGAUUCGAUUUUCCGAAAGUAAUCGGGAAUCCUACCGAGAUUCAUUAAACGAUUUCUCCAGGAAUACUUUUAUGACUCGUUGUUAGAUAUCCUCUGGAACACCUCCAGAGAUUGUUCUAAGAUUUUUUCAUAGAUUGCGCCAGGUUUUUCUUCCGGGAUUGCUCUUGGAUUUUCAGAGGUAUCUUCCGGGAAUCGUCCCAGGGUUCUUUUCGGGAUUUAAAAUGUUGGUGCCGAAUCAUAAAAUUUUAAAAGAAGGAUUAUUCCAGGAGUUACUCCAGGAAUACCUCUAUGAUGUUCUUCAAGAAAUUCUUGAAGAAAUUCCUGGAAGUAUUCCUGUAGGAGUUCUUGAAGGAAUUCCUAAAAGUAUUCUUCAAGGAAUUCCUGGAGAUAUUUCUAGGGAGAUUCUUGGUGGAAUUCUUCAAAGAAGUCAGAGAUAUUCCUGAAGGAAUUCAUGAAAAAGAAUUCUGGAACUGAUUGUAGAAGGAAUUCUUGGCAGGUGUCUUGGAGGAAUUCCUGGAGGAAUUUUUGGAGGAAUUCCUGGGGGGAUUGAUGUAGGCAUUUCUGGAGUAAUUUCUGAAAGAUUUCCUAGAAGAAUUCCUGAAAGUAUUUAUUAAAAAAAUCUGAAGAUAUUCCUAGAGGAAUUUUUGAAGGAAUCCCUGGCAACAUUUCUCAAAGGAUUCUUGGAGGAAUUUUUGGACAGAAGCAUUGGAGAGGGUUUCUCCAAUUCUUAUUAGAGCUCCUGUCAGAAUUCUUGAAAGAAUUUCUGGAGAAAUUCCUGGACGGAUUCUUGGAGGAAUUCUUAGCAGAAGUUUUGGAGGAAUAUCUGAAGAAAUUCUUGAAAAAAAAAACCCAGAAUAAUCUUUUGAAUGAUUCUUGAAAUUCUUGGAGUAAUUCCUUGAGAAAUUCUUGACGGAAUUUUCGGAAGAAGACGCGGAGCAGUUCCUGGAGGAUUUCCUGAAGGAAUUCUCUGAGGAAUCCCUAAAGUUGUACUAGGAUUAUUUUCUUGAGGAAUUUCUAAAGGUUUCCUGAAGGAUCCUGAAGGUGUUAAUGGAGGAAUUUCUGGAUGAAUUCUUGAAAAAAAAAAUGCCUUCAAAAACACUGGGGGAAUUGUCUUUGAUGUCUUUGAGGAUUUUUUUUUUGAAGAAGUUCAUGGAGGAUUUCCUGAAUGAUUCCUGUAGAAAUCCCUGAAAGUGAUCUUGGAUGAAUCACUAGAUUAAUUUAUGGAGGAUUUCCCGCAGGUCUCUGGAGAAAUUCCUAGAGGGACUUUUGAAGAAAUUCCUAGAAUUCUUGGUAUCUUUCUUUGCAGAAGUCUUGGAGGAAUUCCUGGCGAUGUUCUUGUAGGACUAUCCAGAGAGAUUCUUUGAGGAAUUGGCAGAGUUUUUUGAGGAAUACCUGGAGCAAUUCUUGGAGCAAUUUCUGAUAGAAUUUUUGAAUAAAUUCUUGGAUAAAUUCCUGGAGAGGUUCUUGUAGGAAUUUCUGUUAGCAUUUUUGAAGAAUGAUUCUUUGAGAAAGUGUUGGCGAAAGUCUUGGAGGAAUUUCUGAAGGGUUUUUUGAAGGAACCAUACCGAUAAAGUACAUAGAUAGAAUUCUAGAGUAGUUUGGAUGACCUAGAUCACCCAACUCAUGUACCACUAAUUUUCUAGGGGUGCUUAGAGGCUUUUUGAAUAUCGUAGACUAUGUUCUGUUAUCAUUCAUCGUGCAUAACACUUUGUUUAGAAUGUUGGAUUUGUGACACAAACUCCGGAGCACUUUGGAGGCCUUAGAAUAGCUCUGGGAUCGAAACUUCAACAGACUAUGAUAGGUAGUAAUACAUUGCAUGUCAAAAACUAUUGACAAUUAGCAAAACGAUGAAAUUUGAGCAAAAACAUGUAGAAUUUAUAAAAAAUACUAAAAAAACGCGUAUUUUUGGUUACCAGUAAAUGGGGUGAGGGUGCAAAGGGGGAAGUACCAUGCAUUUCUUAGCUCAACUGUUCCCCUUGACUAUAAAAAAAUCAGGAUAAAAUGUUCGAAAACUAAAAUGAUAUUGCAUUUCUACCAAAAGAGGAUCGACCCGGGUGUUAACCGAUUGAAAGAAGAAAGAAUCUAUUAUGAAAAAAUAAAAAAUAGAUUAAAGAAACAUUCAGGGAAUGUCAUAAGGCAUGAGUAAACAAAUCAUCUAGGACUUCGAAAACAUUUUAUAAUCGUUUCGGCCUAUCGUACUUCAGCCUAACGCACUUCUGCUGAGUGUUGAAUAAUGUAAAAAGCAUAGAAAUCAACAGAUCUUCUACACAUCCUCCUGAUUGUUUGUCUAUGCCUUGCUCCAGAAUAUGUCCAAUAGCCUUAUAAUUACUUUGAUAGAGGACGCAACGGUCUUGUUGCUAUGUUCUUGUUUUUAUGUCUCUAAUUAGUGAGAGAUAUUCCAUGCAUUAACAAAAAUUAGCUAGCCAAUCCCCUUAUAAUGUGGUUUAAUUGUUAUAGAAGACAUUAUCAUAAAGCUGCAAAGGCGUGGUUAAUAUCUUUAUGCAAAUCAUGGAACAACUGUUAUGAUCCAAAACCAUCUUCAUUGUGCAUGAAGAUUGCACGUUUACCACUUAGUGAAAAACCGCCGAAACGAUGGGUUGCUUCAGGAAGAGAACAAAACCUCCAUCGCGGACGUUAUUCGGCGAAUAUUGCGACAUCAGUUCAGUGCACGGAGUGCGUUACUUCAGCGAUCCGGAGCGAACUCUGUGCGAAAAGUUUUUGUGGAUUGUCGUGUUUUUUGCCUCGGUGGGCGGCUGUGCCAUGCGUUCGACAGUGCCUGGGAGCAGUGGAAUACGAUGCCAAUAGUGGUGAACUACGAGAACCAACAGAUUUCGGUCACGGAUUUUCCCUUUCCUGCGUUCACUAUUUGUCAUCCAUGCCAAAUUUUCAAACCCAUACCCAUGAAAAAGUUUUUGGAACGUUGUGCUUUCAAUGGUCCGUCCAGCUGCGAACAUUUACUCCACUAUGUAAUGACGGAUAUGGGGCUUUGUGUAAGUUUCAACCUGCUUCAGAAUCAUCGGAUCUUUCGGAAUGGAUCGUUUGGCGGUUUAAACGAUUUAAACGCUAAGCAUGUAUCGCUACACGGCAGUUCCAAUUCAACAUUGUCCGAUCUCGACGUUUGGUUCCCGGAAGAAGGGUACAUCAGAAGUCAAACCAAUGGCAUGUUACCCCUUCGUGGGUUGGGCGCAGGAAAAUACAGAGCAUUCGACUUGAUCUUAACUACUUACAAAGAAGAUAUGAGCUAUGAAUGCAAGAGUUCGCCUAUCCGAGGACACAGCAUUAUUUUGCACUCCCCGGCGGAUUAUCCUUUUAUGGUAAACUCGGUUGUGAUUCCAUUCGAACACGUUACCCAAAUAGCUGCCAAACCUCUCGUCGUCAAGACUCACCCAAAAUUACGCAAACAUCCACCUGAGAAGCGCCAAUGUUUUUUCGAGAAUGAACGCAACCUCACAUACUUUCGAAUCUACACCCAGAACAACUGCCUGGCCGAAUGCCUAACGAACUACACACUUUCCCGCUGCGGCUGUGUGAAAUUCAGCAUGGUGCGUUCCGAAGAAACGCGAGUUUGUGAACCUGUGGCAUGCUUCCGGCAUGCCAUCCAGGAAUUCGUGACAAUUGAAAAUCCAUACCGAAGGAUAUCUGGAGGAAAAAUACCUACAGUAAACGCCUUCGACGCCCGAAAAAAGUGUAACUGUUUGCCAUCCUGCACUUCCUAUCAGUUCGAUUUUGAGAUUCUGCAGCAUAGUUUCAACAGCAGUGGGAACAUCGACGGCGUGCAAGCGUAUGUACAACAUUUACGACAACAACUGGAACAAUUUCAAUCAUUCUUCAUUUCCUCAACCACUCUUUCCAGAGAUUACUUGGGAACUCUCAGCGUUUUCUUCAAGGAACCACACUUCAUUGCGAAGGCACGAUCGGAACAGUACGAGUUAACGGACUUGAUAGCCAACUGCGGAGGCCUCCUGGGACUGUUCACGGGCACCAGUUUGUUGAGUUUGAUUGAAAUUGUUUACUUUUGUUCUCUGAGGCCGUUGGUUAAAUUUAUUGGUUGGAUAGGUGGAAUCGUUGAUAGACAUCGUAAACCAUCACUUAGUGUUGCAAAAACUCCAGCAACUGUAGAGAAAGUACCUUGUUGCAGUUCUCCAUUGACCCAAUGACUUGAUCGUUUGGCAAUUUUUCAUUGAUUUAAUUCAAAGAUCGGAUAAUGAUUUGCUUCAUUACUGGCAGAGGAAGCCCUCAGGUAACAAAUGUUGAAGUGUUCACAGGACACAGCUGAGAAACAUGCUUUGCCCUAGUUGGGACGUUACGCCAACAAGGAGAAGAAGAAGAAGAUAAAAAUCACCACUCUAAUAUUUUUAAAAAGCAAAUACAACGUAUCAUUAAAAAUGGUAAACGAUAAUUGAUGUUUAUGUCUAUGUACUAAACAGUUUACGUUGGUUAACGCAAUGAAAUAAAUAAACACUUGAGAGAGUUCCUGGUUUAAUUCAUGCCGACAUUGCUGUUGGAACAGCUUGUAAAACUUCUGGAGAAAUAUCUGGUAGUUUUAUUUUUUAUUUUUUUUUGUAGUUAGAAAUCUUGGUUGAAAUCCUGGAGCAAUUGCUAUGAAAUAUCAGAUUCCUUGUAGUUGAAGUUCCAGUUGGAAUAGCUGUUGAAAUUCCUAGAGAAACUUCUUGUGGAUUGUAUGAGACCUCAAUAUUGUUUGUAAGGGUCGUCACGUUGUGCAAAACCCCCCUCCCCCCUAGGGCCGUGUCGUAAUUUGUGUACGACCCCUAACCAGGAAACGGAGUUGGAAUAUGUGAUGGAAUUCCUGAGGGUAUUCCUGUAAGAACACCUAAUAAGGAAUUCCUGAAAGUUAGAAUUCCUUGUGAAAUUUUUAAAGGAAUUCGUGGAUAAAUUACUUAGGGAAUUCCUCCCGUAAUUCCUAAGGAAUUUUUAAAAUUCCUGCUGAAAUUCCUGGAAGAUUUCCUGAAGGAAUUCCUGAAACAAUCUUGGAGAAAUUCCUGGAGAAUUUUUUGGAGGAAUUCCUGGAAAAACUCUUAGAGGAACUCUAGGAGGAAUUCUACGUGGAACUCCUGGAGGAAGUCCAGAACAAAUUCCUGGAGGAAUUCCAGAAGAAAUUCCUGGUGGAAUUCCUAGAGGAAUUCUCAGUUGAACUUUUAGAAGAAAUCCUUGUGAAACUCCUUGCAGAAUUGCAUGAGGAAUUUCAUGAGGGAUUUACUGCGGUUUUCCUUGAGAAAAUCCUGGUGAAAUUUCUGAAAGAAUUCUUGGUGGAAUUCCAUGGAGGAAUUCCUUGUGUAAAUUCUGGUUGAAUUUCUAGCAAAAUUCCUGGUGAAAUUCCUGGAGAAAAACUUGGUUGAAUUUAUGGAAGAAUUCUUGGUGGAACUCCUGGUGGAAUUCCUGGAAGAAUUUCUGGUCCAAUUCCUAGUGAAAUUCCUGGAGGAAUUUAUGGAAGAAAUCCUGGUUGAGUUCCUGGAGCUAUUACUCGUGGAAUUUCUUGAGGAAUUCUUGGAAAAUAUUUUUUUGUAGGAAUCCUUAUAAGAAUUCGUGUAGGAAUUUCUAUAAGAAUUUCUAGAGGAGUUCCUGAAAGCAUUCUAGAGGGAAUUCCAGAAAAAAAAAUCUAGAGGAAUUUCCAGUUGAACUUUUAGUAGAAAUCCUUGUGAAACUCAUUGAAGAAUUACUGGAGAAGUUUCUUGAGAGAUUUUCUGUGGAUUUUCUUGAGAAAAUCGAAAUCCGGUAGGAAUUUCUGGAGGAAUUCCUGUUGGAAUUCAUGUAGGAUUCCAUGUUGGAAUUCAUGUUGGAUUUCAUGUUGGAAUUCCAAGCCUCUUGUGAAAUUCUUAAAGGAAUUCGUGGUGAAUUCUUGGAAGAAUUCCUUGGGGAAUUCCUGCCGCAGUUCUUGCUGAAUUUUUUUGAAUAAUUUUUAUCGAAUGCCUGGUGGAAUGCCUGAAAAAAUCCUUGUGAAACUAGUUGAAGAAUUACUGGAGGAGUUUCUUGAGAGAUUUUUUGUGGAUUUUCUUGAGAAAAUGGAAUUCCGGUAGGAAUUCCUGGAGGAAUUCCUGUUGAAAUUCCUGGAGGAAUUCCUGUUGGAAUUCAUGUUGGAAUUCAUGUUGGAAUUCAUGUUGGAAUUCAUGUUGGAAUUCAUGUUGGAAUUCAUGUUGGAUUUCAUGUUGGAAUUCAAGUUGGAAUUCCUGGCUCCUUGUGAAAUUCUUUAAGGUAUUCGUGUUGAAUUCCUGGAAGAAUUCCUGGGGGAGUUCCAGCCGCAGUUCCUGAUGAUUUUUUUUUUUUGAAUAAUUCCUAUUGAAAUUUCUGGAGGAAUUCUUGGAGGAAUUCCUGGAGGAAUGCCAGGAGUAAUGCGCUUGAAAAAAAAAACCCUGGAGGAAUUCCUAGAAGCAUUCGUAGAGGAAUUCCUAGAGGAAUUUCUAGAGGAAUUCCUAGAUUAAUUCCUGGAGGAAUUCCUGGAAGCAUUCUAGAACGAAUUUCAGAAGAAAUUCCUGGAGGAAUUGCAAAAUAAACUUUUAGUAGAAAUUCUUGUAAACUCAUUGAAGAAUUUCUGGAGGAGUUUUUUGAGAGAUUUCCUGUGGAUUUUCUUGAGAAAUCGUGGUGAAAUUCCUAGAAGAAUUCUUGGUGGAAUUCCUAGGGGGAAUUUCUGGAGGAAUUCCUGGUGUAAAUCCUGGUGGAAUUCCUAGAAAAAAAUCUGGAGAAAUCUCUAAUGAAAUUCCUGGUGAAAUUCCUGAAGAAAAUCUGGAGGAAUUUCUGGAGGAAUUCCUGGUGAAAUUCCUAGAAGAAUUGCCGGAGGAAUUCCUGGAAGAAUUUCUGGUGGAAUUCCUGGCAGAGUUUCUGGUGGAAUUCCUGAAGCGAUUGCUCGUGGAAAUUCUGGAGGAAUUCCUGGUGGAAUUCCCGGAGGAGUUCUUGGUAGAAUUACUGAAGGAAUUGUUGGUGAAAUUCCUGAUGGAAUUCCAGAAGGUAUUCCUUGAGGAAUGCCUGGUGGAAUUUUGGAAGAAAUUUCUGGUGGAAUUCUUGAAAGAAUUCCUGGUGGAAUUCCUAGAGGAAUUCCUGGUGGAAUUCCUGGAGGAAUUCCUGGUGGAAUUCCUGGAGGAAUUUAUGUUUCUGGAGAAAUUCUUGGUGGUAUUUAUGAAUAAAUUCUUGGUGGACUUUCUGAAGUAAUUCGUGGUGGAGUUUCUGGUGCAAUUCCUGGAAAUUGUUGAGGAAUCCUUGAUGGAAUUCCAGGAGGAGUUCCUGAUGAAAUUCCUGAAGAAAGUUCUGGAAGAUCUCCUGGUGGAAUUCCUGGAAAAAAUCCUGGUGGUAUUCCUGGAGCGAUUACUCCUGGAAUUUGUAGAGGAAUUCUUGGUGGAAUUAUUGGAGGAAUUCUUGGAGGAAUUCUUGGUGAAACUCCUAAUGGAAUUCCUGGUGCUAUUUCAGAAGGAAUUCCUGGAAUAUUUCGUAGAGGAAUUCUUGGUGGAGCUCCUACAGGAAUUCCUGGUGGAAUUCUUUGCGGAAUUCUUUUUAAAAAUUCCUUGAAGGAUUCGUGGUGUAGCUCUUGGAGGAUUUCGCAAUGGAAUUCAUGAAAAAAAUCUUGGUAGAAUUCCUGAAGUUAUUGAUUUGUUUUUAUUAAAGAGACUUUCAGCCCUUGGCUGGCUCGUCUCUACCUGAAGUUAUUCAUGGUGGAACUCCUGGAGGAAUUCCUUGUUAAAUUUGUGGAGGAAUGCUUGAUAAAAUUUCAGGAGGAAUACCUGAAGGAAUUUUUGAAGGAAUUUCUGGUAGAAUUCCAAGUGGAUUUUUUGUUGUUGAAUUUUUUGUAGGAAUUCUUGUAAGAAUUGCUAUAAGAAUUUCUAGUGGAAUAUCAGAAGAAAGUCCUGGAGGAAUUUGUGUUGGAAUUCAUGUUGAAAUUCAUGUUGGAAUUCCAGGUUCCGUGUGAAAUUCUUACAGGAAUUCAUGGUGAAUUCCUAGAAGAAUUCCUUGCGAAAUUCCUGCCGCAGUUCCUGAUGAUUUUUUUUUUAAUAAUUCCUAUUGAAAUUCCUGGAGGAAUUCCUGGAGGAAUGCCUGGAAGAAUGCCGGAAGGAAUGCCUAGUGGAGUUCCUGGUGGAUUUCCUGGAGGAAUUCCUCAAAACCCUGGAGAAAUUCCUGGAAGAAUUUCCGGAGGAAUUCUUCCUGGAGGAAUUCUUCCUGGAGGAAUUCCUGGAGGCAUUCCUGGAGGAAUUCCUAGAGGAAUUCUUGAAAGAUUUCAAGAGGGAAUCCUAAAAGAAUUUCCUAGAGAAAUUGAACUUUAAGUAGAAAUCCUUGUGAAACUCAUUGAAGAAUUACUGAAGGAGUUUCUUGAGAGAUUUCCUGUGGAUUUUCUUUAGAAAAUCAUGGUGAAAGUUCUUGAAGAAUUCUUGUUGGAAUUCUUUGGAUGAAUUUCUGGAGGUUUUUCUUGUGUAAAUCCUGGUGGAAUUCCUAGAGAAAUUUUUGGAGAAAACCCUGGUUAAAUUCCUGGUAAAAUUCCUAGAGAAAAACCUGGUGGAAUUCAUGGAGGAGUGCCUGGUGGAAUUCUAGAAGGAAUUCCUGGAAGACUUCCUGGUGGAAUUCCUGGAGGAACUCUUGGUGGAAUUCCCGGAGGAAUUUCUGGAAGACUUCCUGGUGGAGUUCCUGGAGAAAUUCUUGGUGGAAUUCCCGCAGGAACUCUUGGUUCAAGUACUGAAGGAAUUCCUGGAACACUUUCUGGUGGAAUUCCUGGAGGAAUUAUUGGUGGAAUUCCCAGAGGAAUUCUUGGUUCAAGUACUGAACGAUUUAUUGGUGAAAUUCCUGAAGCAAUUCCUGGAGGAAUUCCUGUUUGAAUUUCUAGAGGAUUUCCUGGUGGAAUCCCUGUAGGAACUCUUGUUGAAAAUUCCUGUAGGAAUUCCUAUCCAGCUUUUUACGCUAACGCGAGGGGUGAUUCGAAUAUGACUUUUCUUGCCGACGACCAAAUUUCAGUUCAAUGAUAUCCUAGUAGACUGUUAGGAUAGUUUGUUGAUUGAAGUGUCAACAAUUUUCACUUGAUUCGCAUCAACAGUGAUCCUCAGCGCCCAGCAGCUUUAUCGCAAAAAUUUGAAGGCUGAGGACUCGAAAUAGCUCAAUAUAACCAGGACAGUUUUGAUAAUCUUCACUUUGGUUCAAGACUAGUCGUUUUCAGCAUUUAUGACUUCCCCGGCUCAAUCUCCGUUCGCAAAAAAACGGUUCUAGUUUUUGGCAACCUGAAUAACUGAAACAAUACAAAAUGCUCUAAUCAUAUGGAACCACCUGUGUGUUUUUACUAUCAAACAAAAUAGUUGUAUUAGCUUGACCUAGAAUAAAUUACUUCCUUGCAAUCACGAACUAAUGGCUGCCGAAUCUAGACAUUCCCUAACCAUAGACAAAAUUUGUAUCAGACUUCAAACUUAGACGACAUUCUGCUUUAUCAUCAACGUAAAAACAUUAGUUUAGGCUCUUAUUCAUCAUACGCCGUCAAGUAGAAAGCUGAAUAGUGUAGGAAAGUGCGGACUAGAUUGAUUCGUCGAGACUCGAUAGUGUAAAUAGGACAUGCUAACAUAUUUCCAGUAAUCAAUGUGCGUUAAACCCUUUCAUUGUUUACCUAAUAAAAAAAACAAUCUAGAUUAAUUUCUCCAACAUAAUCACUAUGUUUAUACCAUUUCAAAGUACUCUGAGGAUCGCUUUUGAUGUGAAACGAAUCAGGUGAAAAAUGUUGACACUUCAAUCAACAAACUGUCCUAACAGUCUACUAGGAUAGCAUUGAACUGAAAUUUGGUCGUCGGCAAGAAACGUCAUAUUCGAAUCACCCCUCGUGCUAGCGUAAAAAGCUGGAUAAGAAUUUCUUGUGGAACUCCGCGAGGAAUUCCUGAAUGAAUUUGUGAUGGAAGUUCUGAUAGUGGAAUUCUCAGAUGAAUUCCAGGUGGCAUAUUUGGAGGAAUUCCGGGUAUAAAUCCUGUAGAAUUUCCUGGUGUAAAUCCUGUAGGAAUUCCUGGUGUAAAUCCUGUAGGAGUUCCUGGUGGAAUUCCUGUAGGAAUUCCUGGUAGAAAUUCUGGAGCAACUCUUGAAAGAAUUUCUGAUGGAAUUCCCGAAGGAGUUUCUGAAAAGUUCCUGAAGGCAUGCUUGGAGAAAUUCGUGGUGGAAUUCCUGAAGAAAUUCCUGGAACAGUUAUUGGUGGAAUUCUUGAGGGAUUACAAGGAGCAAUUCUUAGUAAAAUUGCUGGAGGAAUUCUUGGUACAGUUUCGGGAGUGAUUCCUGGUGAAACUCCUAAAAUAAUUUCAGGAAGAAUUUAUGAAGACAUUUUUGGUAAAAAUCAUUGAGAAACUGCUAGUGAAAUUCCUGGUGGAACUCUUGGUGAAAUUUCUGAAGGAAUACCUGGUGGAAUUUCUGAAGAAAAUUCUGGUGGAAUUCCAAGAGGAACUCCUAGUGAAAUUGCUGGAAGAAUUCCUGGUGGAGUUCCACAAGGAGUUUCUUAGAAACACCUAGGAAAAAUUCCUGAAGAAACUCGUGAAAUUCCUGGAGGAAUUCUUGGUGGAAUUUCUGCUGAAAUUCUCGAUGAAUUUUUAGAGGAAUUUUAGGAGCAAUAACUGAAGUAAAUCUUGUUGGAAUUUCUGGGGGUAUUCCUAGUGGAAUUACUGGUGGAAUUCCUGGAGGAAUUUCUCAAGAAAUUCCUGGCAGUAUUUCUGGAAAUGGUUGGUGAAAUUCGCAGGCGAAUUUCUGAUGGAAUUUUUGAAGAAAUUCCUGGUGGAGUUUCAGCAUCAUUACUUCAUACGUCAUCAAAUAUAUGUGCAGCUUUUUUAUAAAGUGAUAAAUUAUU